GAGAACCUGUCCGUGGAUGUUUGUUUGUAAACAUAUAAUUGGCCACCAAUUGUGUAAACAGACGUUCUUUAGUCAUGUGAGAUCGGUGUCAAAUUUAGUGAAAUUUUAUAAUGACUUUAUUAGAAGUGUGAAAAAUCUCUGUCAAUACAUUGAUUUGCAAUGCCUGAGAAAGUAGUUAUGAGUUUUUGAAAUUGUCCGUAUAUGACUCAGAUUUCAAAUAUGAAGUACGAUGUGAUAUAUAAAUAUUGACUUUUAACGCCGUAUCCUUUGGCUGACGGAACUUGCUUUUAUGCAAGAAACUGCCGAAUGCUUCUGACUGCUGCAAUGAUUUUAAAGUAAAUAACAUUAACAAGUUCGUUGGUGUGGUCAAAACUACACUGACUCAUUGCAUUUUAUAUUUCAUACAGUAGUCAAUUAAGACAACUUAAACUGUGGAAACAAUGAGCAGUAUAAAAACAACAUUGAAAAGAAGCAGACAUUGACUUGAUUUUAGUUUCUGUAAUAUAAUCAUAGAGUGUCAUAGAAUGCUUAUAUUUGUAUCUCUUGACUUAUGCUCUCUGUUUAAAAAUAGUCGAAACAUUGGAGUUUACAGUACAUCAUGUGAUCACAUAACGGCUAUACAGUUCCGUUCAAAACAUCUGCCUUACACUUAGGAAAAAAAUAACUUUUGCUUAUAGUUAUCUCCUAGACAGUAUACACAAAAAUGCCUCACUAAAACAUUUCAACUUCAUUCAGCACAUUCAUUUGUAGUGAUAUAUUUUAUAGUUCUAAAAUGGCUGGUCCUUUUAAGAAAGGUGACAAAGUUUUUGCAAAGGUUCGUGGGUAUCCACCUUGGCCUGCCCAUGUCCAGUGUUUAGCAGAAGCAACAAAUAAUAAGUUAAAAUAUCACGUAAUAUUUUAUGGGACCUAUGAGACAGCGGUCUGCAAGGCUGAAGACAUGUUUCCAUAUGUUGAAAAUAAAGAACGAUUUGGAAGACCAUUGAAGAGGAAGGGUUUUAAUGAGGCAUUAGCGCAGAUAGAGAAUGGAGUUAAUGAUAAGCUCUUUGAAACAAAAUGUAAUGAAGACAGCGAGUCAGACUGGGAGUCGGAUUUCAACCAAACCUCUCCUGAAUCACAAAGGGCAUCCAAAAGUUCUGAACAAACUGAAGGAAAUUCUGUUAACCAGCGAAGCUCAAAGAUUUUGAAGUCUGCUGAUAAAUUAAAUAGUAAAAAAUCUCUAAAUGAAUCUACAUCACCUUCGUCUCAGGGUGAAGCACAAAGAGUGAGUCGCUCUGGACGAAAAAUAAAGCCCAAAAAGUUUGCUGAUGAUGAAAUAACGGGGACAGGUAUUAAUAUAGACAACAGUGAACACAGUGUUCGAGCCAUAGGUGGUUCCUAUGAUCAAAACAAGAGUAAUGUGUUACCAAAUAAUUAUACAUUAUCUAAUACUGUUAGUGAAGACAAUGCUGCAGGCAGUGAAGAUGAUCAGGUGGAUUUUUGCAGAGCAGGCAGAUCUCACCAAUUUCCAGUGUCUCAUAAGAGGAAGUCCUCUUUGCAGACUGGAACUGCAGAAGGAGAUAACACAAUAUUUAAGCCACAUGUCGAACUUUCUGAACCACCUGUACAGAAUGCUUUGCCAUCAAUUGGAACUACUCGACUGACUAAAAUAAAACAAUUGCAAACUGUGAGUCAACUGUUAUGCUUAGAUGCUCUCAUAAAAGCAUCUACUUGUUGUUCAAAAGCCAAGCUUGAAAACUGUGUUAAAUAUUUAACUGAACUGGCAAACUUGCCAGUAGACUGCAACACAUUGAAAAGGUGUCCCCAGAUUGUAGUUACAGUAAGGAAGCUGACUAAAUACUUAGGAAACACUACCAACUUAGAGACACCUGUUUCUGAGGGGGGAAAAGCAACAGAAAAAAUAUUUCUUAUUCAGUGUAAAUCUCAGCAAAUAUAUAACAAGUACAAAGCAAUGUUUACUAAUUUUGAAAAAGAUGUAUCUUCUUCAACAUACUUAAAUAAUGUAGAUUAUUCUCAUAGACAUAGUUUUUCCAGUGAAACUGGCAGUUCAUCUGCAAGUGAAGUAUUUCCUGCUGUGAUAUCACAACCUGGUCCUAGUAACACUGUAAUAAGAAAGCUUUCUACGAGAGGAAGAAAAAUAGGCAAACCUGUUGCACAGCCUAGGCUAUCCAGAAUAGUAGGUAGGCCAGCAAAAUUUAUUAGAAGGUCAGUACAUCACUCCAGAACUACCAAUGCUGACAACAGACGUAGAGAGGAUGUAGAAAAUUGGCCGCCCAGCAGAGAUUCAACUUGAUUUGCCUCCUCAAUGUUCUAAACAAAACUAAUGUAAAGAGCCCAUUAAUAAAGAAAAGUGCUUGUAGAUGUUUUAUAAUUUACUGUAUUAGAGAAAGAAGAUAAAUGUGAAAAUUAUUGUUAAUGUUUUGCAUGUAUUUGUGAUCACAACAUUUAUAUGAAUAUUUUUGUAUGAGAGGUUUUAUUUUGUAAUUGUAUUAUGUACAGAUGUGCCUUAAUUCAAAUGAAAUGAACAUUGUGUGAUGCAGUGUAGACUGUACAAUAUUUUAUGUAUAUUUUCUGAAGCACACUGUCAA